UUGUCUAGCUUUCAGUUUUGGCCUGGAGUUCUAGUUAUUUUCAAUUGAGUAGGGCCACAUUAGAAUUAUAUGAUAAUAGGGGGGUGCAUCGAGCAAUUUUUGUAUGAAGUUGCUGUGUCAUUCUGUUAUAAUCAGUUAGCUAUAGAUAAUUAUGGUUUGUUCUGUAAAUGAGGGGCCGUGUCGGUGAUUAAGCUGUUCAAGCCUGCUUAAACGGACUUACGAUCUCACAGGACAUCGGUAACCCAAAAAAUCCCUAAUCGGUGUAGCCAUGGCAGCAUCAAAGAAACCCUCGAAGCCAGUAUUGGCACUCAUCUUCCUCUUCUGUGUCAUUCUCCUCGUCCUCUGUGUCGGCUCUACCACCAUCUACCUCGCUCAUUCCCACCGCCGCCACGAGCUCAAUACACGACCACAUUUUCCUCUAUCACCCUUUCCCUCACCUCAGCGACCGGUAGCCCUAGCACAGAUUCACAAAGCGUGCAAAGCCACGCGAGACGCUGAUUCGUGCAGGUCCUCUUUGAUCCAGUCCAUUGACGUCCCUCCCAAUCCAACCCCUGUCCACAUCAUCCAAUCUGCUUCGCGGGUUUCAUUGGAAAACCUCAAGACCGCGAAAUUCAUGGUGCUUUCUGUUCUUAACUCCUCCGCGGGGAACCCAAAUCGCACCACCGUCGCUAGAAUUUGCUUGGAGGUUCUUGGCCAUUCCGAGUACCGGAUUUCCUCGGCCGCUGAUGCCUUGCCAAACGGAAAUAUCAAGGAUGCCCGUGCCUGGAUGAGUGCAGGUUUGGCGUAUCAGUCCGAUUGCUGGGGAGGAUUGAAGAACGUGAAUGAUACGCAGUUGGUGGUUGAUACGAUGUCGUUUCUGUACUAUGUGAUUGGAUUGACCAGUAAUGCCUUAAGUAUGAUGGUUUCUUAUGAUUUGUUUGGUAAUGAUACCGGAUCUUGGAGACCACCCGAAACAGAGCAGACAGGGCUUUGGGAGAAAGUUGGUUUGGGUGGUGCAGUCGAGUUGGGUUUUAAUGGAGGGUUUCCACCAAACUUAACUGCGGACAUGAUGGUGUGCAAGGGGGGCGAUAAUGGAUGCUACAACAAUGUGCAGGAUGCCAUUAAUGCGGCACCUGAUAAUGAAACCAAAAAGAGGUUUGUGAUACACAUACAGGAGGGAGUUUACGAGGAGACUGUUAGGAUUCCAUUUGAGAAGAAGAAUGUGGUUUUCCUGGGUGAUGGUAUUGGUAAAACAGUCAUUACUGGGUCAUUGAAUGUGGGUCAACCUGGGAUUAACACAUAUGAUUCAGCUACAGUUGGAGUUCUUGGUGAUGGGUUUAUGGCUAGUGGCAUCACAUUCCAGAACACUGCAGGUCCUGAUGCGCACCAAGCAGUGGCCUUUAGAUCAGAUAGUGAUCUGUCGGUCAUCGAGAAUUGUGAAUUCCUAGGUAACCAAGACACUUUGUAUGCUCAUACCCUACGCCAGUUUUAUAAAUCAUGUCGCAUACUGGGCAAUGUGGAUUUCAUUUUUGGGAAUUCAGCCUCAAUUUUCCAAGACUGUCAGAUUUUAAUCCUUCCCCGUCAAGUGAACCCAGAAAAAGGUGAAAACAACGCUGUUACUGCCCAUGGAAGAACAGACCCUGCCCAGUCAACAGGUUUUGUUUUUCAGAACUGCUUGAUCAAUGGAACUGAAGAAUAUAUGAAAUUCUAUUACAGCAAGCCUCUAAAGCACAAGAAUUUCUUGGGAAGGCCAUGGAAGGAGUACUCGAGGACUGUUUUCAUACACUGUAACUUGGAAGCUCUUAUAACACCACAGGGCUGGCUGCCAUGGAAUGCUGAUUUUGCAUUAAAGACGCUAUACUACGGUGAAUUUCAGAACUUGGGACCUGGAUCUAAUUUAUCCGCAAGGGUGGCUUGGAGUAGUCAGAUACCAGCGGAGCAUGUAUAUUCAUAUUCAGUGCAAAAUUUCAUUCAAGGAAAUGAGUGGAUUCCAACAUCCUCUUGAUUAUGUGGACGUGGAUUGUAGUGACCAUUGAGUAAUAUAAUUCGCAAAAUAGGCAUGGAAUGGGGAUUAAUAUCCCUUAAUAGUUGCAAAUCUUAGGACCCGGUAAUGUAUCGACUGAAGAGUUUUAUAAUAAGAGAUUGAAGUUAGUCAUUGAUGGUGUUGAGCUCAGUAUCUUUCCUUCUCCAGAUAAAAACUUGGCAUUCUUUUAGAGGAACUAUGAAGUUGGCAAUAUGUAGAUUUGA